ACAAUCAGGGGCAGCUGAAAGACAGCAGUAGGGACAGAGCUAUUGAACAAGAGAGGGCUUGAACAACAAGGGCCUGUAGAUACAGUGUGUGCCGGAUGGACUUGGACCAGCUAUGGGGGGGUGAGAACCACGGCCUCUCCCACGUGGAAGGCAGCAACGACUGGGGUGAUGAGUUAGGAGGACUGGGUGUUAUACCCUUCAGUCAUUCCCUCAUCCCUCUCAGAGACUCUCGUCCACUCGUCCUCACCGAUCGGGACAUGUGGGACAGCAGGUCUCACUUUAAAUCUCAGUCCUUAGCAUGGAGUAUGGCAUGUAGGACUGGAGGGUUCCUCUCCAAAAUGAGCACCGGCACCUCCGCUAAUGGCAGAGACAGUGGCUUCAGCAGACAGAGUGACCCAGGGCUGGGCAAAAGAAGAUGGCAGUCGAUGUCCCGCCUGGCCCCCGAGGGCGCACCCCGGUCCCUCUCCCCUGUCUCCCCAGGGGUUGAGCUGAGAGCAGCCCUGGAAGAGAGUGGCUUUAGGCGAGCAGAGCUGGUGCAGAGGCUGCGGGAGGCCCAUGGACGUCUGGACAGCCAGACAGACCUGCUGAAGAACAGAGACACACAGCCGCAGCACAGCAGUAGUACUGCACAGCUGCUGGAGAUUAAACACAAGCAGCUGGCAGAAGCAGUGAGUGGUCUUGAGCAGGAGAAGGAGGCAGCUGAGUUGAGCCGGUUUGAAGAAAGCCGACGUCGCGGAGAACUGCAAGACAAGGUUCUUCGACUGGAGAUGGACAUGUUGAAGAUGAGAUCGAACCUGACUGUUAUCAAACCGGCGGCCCCAAGAACUAACAACAACCCCCUCAGCAGGACCUCACCUGUUACACAACAAGACUUGUUCAGAGAGGAAAAGCACAAAGCAGAGAGAGAGCUGUCCAGACUAAGAGAGGCCCUCAGAGAGGCCGAAGAGAGAGCAGAGGCCCUGGAGACAGAGAGAGACCUUCAGCAACUACACAGCUCUAAAGAG